CUCUGUCUUCCCUGUUGAUUGUUCCCAGCUGUGUCGUUUCUUUGAUUACCCUCCCAUCUGUUGUCUUUGUCUGCUGUCGGAUCCUCGUCGUGUGUGCAUCUCUGUCUUCCCCGUUGCUCCCUGUGCAACCUGUUUGGAUUCUGUUCUUUUGUGGAUUAUUCAUCAUUAACCCAUCAUUCAACUUCAUCCUGGGUCUGCCUGCCUCUUCCCUCACCUCACCUCACCAAACCACCAAUCAUGACAGAAUCAUACACAAACAAACAAAUAAAAAAAACUAAUGAAACAUGCAGGCCUGGACAAAAAUUAUACUAGUCCCUUAAUAUGUUGUUGUGCAAUCUUUUGAGGGAAUCACUGCAAAUAAUUUCUGUAAACAUUAAUGAGGCUUCUGCACAUGUCUAUAGGUAUUUGUACCCAUUUUUCAUGACAACUGGAGCAAUUUCCAAGGGUAAACUGCUCUAGUUGUCUCAAGUUUUAUUGGUGCCUUCUCCAGAUGUCAUGUUUCAGCUCCUACCACAUGCUCAAUAUGUUUUAGAUCAGGGCUCCUACAAUCCAGUUAAAAAAAGUCCAUUGUUAUUGUUCUUAGCAAUUCUUGGGUGUUUGUAGCUGUUCUUUUUCAGUCACCAUCAUGAUGAAAGACCCAUAAUCACUAGGCAACAUCUGUCCAGGACACCUUGAUAGUCUUGAGUUGAAAACCAAGCUUCUAUUUCACGUCAGGUUCUUUGCUUGGUAUGCUUCACUUUUGUGUCUGUGAUGAUGUGCUUUGCCAAAAAGCCAUGCUAAACGUGCUAAAGUUUUGUUUAAUUGAUCCAGAGGACAUUUUCCCAGUAGCUUUGUGGCUUGUCAAUAUGCACUGUGGCAAAUUCUAGUCUGGCUUUCUAUGAUUUGCUUUUCAACAGUGGUACCCUCUUGUUAAAUAUGUGUUUUAUAUUCAUGUAACUAAAGACAGCAGCUAUUAAUGGAUAACAUUAAUGUGUUUGUUGUUGCAUAGUUUAAUGUACCAAGCAAUUUGUCCACUAAUGUUAACCCAUUUUAAACAUGAACAUUUUUGAUUUUAGGUAUGCAAAUAUUGUAGGCUUCCUUAUUAAUUUUCAAAAUAAGUUACAUCAAGCUGUUAGAACUGACUUUGUUAAACUGAAUGUUGUAAGAAAAAGAUAAUGAUUCUAAAUGUUCUUCCUGGGUUCAAUUAGCCUCAAAGAUUAUAAUUUAAAUUCAAAUUUUAACAAUACUGUAAAAUUUUUAGGCAGAUAGGAGGCAAAUAUCUAAUGUGAGAAAGUUAGUUAAUUUCAGUGGCCUAGCCCAGACCUGCAGGGUGCUUUCCUAACUGUGACACACUUCAAUUAUAAUAUUACUAUUUAUUCUCUGUUUAAAUGCUUAAAAUUUCCAGGAAGUCAUAUGGGGAAAAAAACCUGCCUUCCAAAUAAAACCUCAAAGUUUUAUAUUUACAUCUGCACCAAAAGCUAUACAAAAGAUAAUGACAGCCAUCUUAAAAGUGUAUGUUUUGGAAUAUGUAGUUUGACAUGUUCUUAUUUCUUUGUAAAUACAUUUUCAUUAGUGUAGAAUGAUGGGCCCUGAAGUGUUUGAAAAUUGAUUCAUAAUCUUUCCCAAAUUAAUGAGAAAAACAAUUGCUUUUCUUCGAACACUUCCUGCCCACAGGCUAGCAUGUGCCAAAGCAUACAAUUGGAAAGUGUUGUUGGACAAACAAAUAAUGACAAAGUGGCAUGACAUAGUAUUCUGACAGCUUAAUUUUUCGCCCUCCAAAUGAAAUUGAGGGAAUUUUUCUGUUUUCGUUGUAGUUUAGAGCUCAUUAAGAUUCAUUGCCUUUUUAUCAAAGCUGAUUCUUAAAUCAGCAUGUCGUCUUUGCUUCCUCAGUGUGGCCUGGAAAGGAGAUUCACAAAGAAUUCACAUAAUCACUUGAACUCUGCAUCCAAUUUUCCUACCCCAGAGGAGGAUAUAAGUUGGGGGGCUUUUUCUGAAUCGCAGUUUACAGGACUGUAAUGGUUCUCUGAUGUAUCCAGGCACCAGCAAAAGCAUAUGCUGAACUUCUUCAUGACUUGAAUACUGUACUUGUUGAAAACAGACCUUGAAGCAUUCAGAAGAAAUAGGCAAUGGUGAUGUUCUUGGACAAACAGCAAAAAUUAGCAUACUUUGUUGACAUAUACCAAUUGUAGUGUACUUAAAAGCAUGCAGAAACAACGUGAUUGUAUUUUAAAUAACUAUGACUAUCACAUCUUUUGUAGUUGAUUAAACAUUCAAUAUCUGAGGCCCCAACGUCUUCAUAACCUAUAUGACACAAGAGUUAAUGGCAAGACAUACUUUCAGUGGAUCGGCUAAUGAUAAGGUUUGAAACUGUGAUGGAAAACAAGGAGGUUGAAAAGCAGAUGUCGCAACCAGCUCACAGAUGGUACUAAUACUUACAUUGCUGCAGGGUAUAGGUUGUUAUGUAGGUUACAUGAAAGCGGAAAAAAGGUAUGUGUGGUAAUGAAACAAAAUGGUUGGGGCCACAGCUGCAGAGGGGGUGGCUGGUGGUAUUUAUUUUAGGCAGGCAACGUAUUCCACUCAUUCAGACUGAGGAACCAGAGAGGUGGAUAACAAGGAGGCAGCAAGAAACUGUGAUUAUGCGGGCAUUGGUGUUCAUCCUCUUGAUGGAAAUGGUGGAUGUGAACGUCAGCCAGGAAUACAGCCCCUUCCAGUGGCUGUCCCAACUGCGAGGCCGGAGGCAGAAUGCAGGCUGGAAGUCUGAGGCUGUCGAUUGCCCCCUGGAGUGUGAUUGUCCAACGGCCUACCCCACAGCUAUGUACUGUCACAGCCGCAACCUGCAGCACAUUCCCUAUGUUCCAUCACACAUAAAGUAUGUCUACCUGCAGCAUAACCAAAUCACAGGCAUUCAGGAUGGAGUGUUCGACAACGCCACCAACCUGGUGUGGGUGAUUUUGUCGCAUAACCAGCUCAGCUCGGAGAAAAUCAGCGACAGUGUCUUUGUCGAGCUGGGAAGCCUGGUUCGACUCUACCUGGAUAACAAUGAACUGACCCAUGUGCCUCGUAACUUACCAAGAUCCCUCACCGACCUGCAACUUUCCUACAACAAAAUCACAAACUUCUCCCCCAACUUAUUUGAGUCCAUGUCCAACCUCACCACCCUUCAACUUCAGGGAAAUGACAUAGAAAAGGUAGAAGGUGGGUUAAUGGGACUAAAAUCUCUUAUGAUGCUGGACAUGAGCAAAAACAAGCUGAUGAAAAUUCCUGACAGCUUUCCCAAAGAACUACAACAGCUCUACCUGGACCAUAACAACAUAAAGAGUGUCCCAGCUGGUUUUCUUACCAUGUAUCCCAAUCUGCAAUUUGUCCGCUUGAGUCACAACAGUUUGACUGAUAAAGGACUUCCCUCCAAUGUUUUCAACACCAGCACACUCGUUGAGCUUGACCUGUCCUUCAACCAACUGGAGAAGAUCCCUCUUGUUAGUAGGAACCUGGAAAACCUCUACCUGCAAGCCAAUAAGAUCAAAGAGUUUUCCCUGAGCAGUUUCUGUGACACGAUCGACGGAACAAACUUCUCCAGGCUGAGAGUGCUGCGUUUGGAUGCCAAUAAAAUCAGCGCCAGAGACAUUCCUGUUGAGGCUGCCUACUGUUUGCGACUGGUUUCUUCUGUUAAUGUUUAGAACUUGCUGUUCUUUCAUGAUUUAUUUUCGUCAUCUCUAACUCAUACUCUCUUACUGUUACACGUCAUUGAUCAAGAAAUGUUUUAUCAAACAGUUAAUUUAUUAACAAUUCAGUGAUUCCGUAAUUCCAGUGUUAGUCAACAGGAAAUACCAGUGUUGCAUAAUCUAAUAUCCAGAUGGCAGUCAGAAAGUCAUGAGAGAGCUGAUGGACUUUCUUUAGAAAUAUUACAAUCUAAGUUACUAGCUUAUGCCAAACCAACGCUUUUACACGCAAUUACACAAUUGCUGAUGAAGAAAAUUUUAAUCAGCAUCAAACUGUCAAUCAUUUGUAGAAGAUUUAGUUUGGAUCUUUGCCUCCACCAUGUGGAAUGCCAUAAAACUUCACAUCAAGCAACGCUUUGUUGUUCUUCUUGAAGACGUUUUUUUCUCACUUAAUCACUUUGCUGGUUGUACAGUUCAUGUAAAAUCUUUUAUUCCAAAAUGUAUGCACUUGGUCGCUAUAUCAUUUUGAACUGACUUUAGUUAAUAUGCAUCUAAAUAUUUACUUUGAAGCCCACAUGAUCUGGUUUUAACAUCGUUUUAUAAAGUUAAAACUUAGGAAUGGUGUAUAUGCAUGAGAUGUUGAAAGCAAAUGUUACACUUGAUAACAAUAAAGUUUUUUUAUU